GAGCGUUUCCGGAAAUAGCCGAUCCGAGCGGGAGCCGGAGAGCCGGAGAGCCGAACCCCGUCCUGCUCAAAGACUCGAAGGAAGCGGUGCCGUCACCGAGACACUGAGCCGAGCUGCCUGCUCAGCGCCGCAAACAUGGCCAGGGAUUACGACCACCUCUUCAAGCUCCUCAUCAUCGGGGACAGCGGUGUAGGGAAAAGUAGCCUCUUACUACGAUUUGCAGAUAACACAUUUUCAGGCAGCUACAUAACUACGAUAGGGGUGGAUUUUAAGAUAAGAACGGUGGAAAUCAAUGGCGAAAAGGUUAAGUUGCAGAUCUGGGACACAGCUGGGCAAGAACGAUUCCGAACCAUCACUUCCACGUAUUACAGAGGCACUCACGGGGUUAUAGUGGUAUAUGAUGUCACCAGUGCAGAAUCAUUUGUUAACGUCAAGCGGUGGUUACAUGAAAUAAACCAGAAUUGUGAUGAUGUGUGUCGGAUACUGGUGGGCAACAAGAAUGACGAUCCUGCACGCAAAGUAGUAGAGACCAACGAUGCACAAAAAUUUGCAGAACAGAUGGGCAUUCAACUUUUUGAAACCAGUGCAAAGGAGAACCUCAACGUCGAAGAGAUGUUCAACUGCAUCACAGAGCUCGUGCUGCGUGCCAAGAAAGAAAACUUAGCCAAACAGCAGCAACAGCAGCAGAAUGACGUCAUCAAACUGUCCAAAAACAGUAAAAAGAAGAGGAAGUGUUGCUAACGAGGAACAAAAUAAACGGACUUCUUUGCAAUGAACAGUCCCUUUCACUCGGACUUGUAUAUCAUAAAUUCAGAAACAAACGUUCUUUUACAUCCCCACCCCACCUCUGCCCCACAACUCUCCCCUCACCCACACCCUCACCCCGAGCCCUGGGAGGAUAAUGUUUGAGAGCAGAUGUGGAGUCUUGUUGGCUCGGUGCUGUUGCUCCUAUAUUUCAAUUUCCGAAUUAUUAUUUUUCCAUUGAAAGUGACUGCGGCAAUGGAGCUCAGUGCCAAGAUCGGAGCAGAUCAUCUCAUUCCAUUUGAUUUGUAUGGAUCUACAGAGAAAAUAAAUGAGUGACUUGUCUCGCUUAAGGGAUUUAAAAACCCUGUACAUAAUGUACAGCUUUAAUGCCACCCCUUUCCUCAUCGCUUCGCCUAAUACUUUCAGAUGCCAAGAAAUCAUGAAGCACCUUCAUUCUAUCUUCUAUUUUGAUUUUUAAUAAGUAAAUAUUUUUGGAUCCAAGCUGCUGACUAAUGUUGAUGCACGGUGGCCACUAGCUGCUUCCAGUUUUGCACCAUUUCCGCUGUUAGACUCGCACUGUUGUUACCUGAUUCGGCGUUUGUGGUUGGGGAAGAGGUGGGGUAAAUAUGGAAAGCAACUGCAAUGGAGGGAGAAAGGGACAUUGGCUUGCUAAUUGUGCUAGACAAUUUUAUCAAUGGAAUUGGAGACCUCAUUUGGAGUUUUUUUUUAAUCAUCAAGUAACUACUCCACUAUUUAUAUUUAAAAAAAUGGGUCCAGAGUUUUUGGCUGAUGAAUUUAUCAUGUUGGAUGAUAAUUAGCCUUCUACUAUGAUGGGGAGGGGUGGGGCAGGUAAAUAAUGGAGAAAAAAAAGUAACUAAAUAAAUUGUGAAAUAAGGUAAGGUGAAUGAACGGUGUUUUUAAUAUCUGUCAAUCAUGUGCAUUGGCUUAACGCGUGUUAAUAUCUCAGCCCUUCAACGUAGAAGGCAUGAGCUUGGUAUGUGAUAAUGUCUUUUUCUAAACAGCACACAGUUGAUGCCCUGUGGUAAAAUAAAUCCAACAGUACAUCUUGUACUGGGGUGGAGGGGAGGGUGGUCUUGCAUUUUAAAAUGGAAGGUUAGAAAUUGUAGGGGAGACCAAAUCCAUGGUGUUGUGUCGGAGGGAAAAAACAAUUGGAAUUUCCACUACCGAAGUGAGAGCCUUUGGAAUGAGUCUGUGCAAUUGGAUACCAGUUGAGAAACCCUGUUUUAUUGCUAAUUUAUCAACUCCACCUGAGAAGCUGCAAGGCGGCUGAAAAAUGUCAUGAUUCGUGAGUGUGGAAUGCAAUAGUAAGACUGGAAUAUGGCUAUAUGUGCCUGCCCCAUGUUACAAUCCGAGAGUACAAAUUGAAGAAAUAUAAAAAAGUUUACGCUUGAUCAUUCUAUACUUAAUGUUGACGUUGGGUGCCUGAAAUGGACGUGCCCCUGUUCCACCUUAUAACACACCAGCCAGUCAUUGCCUCAUUGCCGCAUAGAGAUCUCUCUCAUGUGGAUAGGAUAAUGAACUGCCUCCAGCUAUGAGAGUUCAGAAUGCAAAGAGUGUGGGUAAAAUCUGCAGCACAAGACUGUCUAGAGGAGAACUAAUUGCCACUAAAUUAAGAGUCUAAUGCUUAUGGGGAUGGUUGGUGCAGGAUAUGGAAAGGUCACCUGGUGCAAGAAUGAAAAACGCUUACUAUGGGAUAAUGCCACAUUGGUCACUGCACAGGCAGUUUCACACUGGAUUACAGGUGAUCAGGUAAUCACAGGUAACCUGUGACUACCUGACCAGGCAAAUGCUUGAUUAGGAAUAGUGGAUGACAUUGUUUUUUUAAAUGGUAUGUAGGAUAAAAAGUAACUUAAUAACUUUUGUUUUGAGAUUACCAUUUACUGACAGUUUUAAAGAAAGUAUAUCAUUUAAUUUGUGUACAAGCUGGUCAUUAUAUCAAAGGAGAAGGCCUGUUUUAUAUGUUAUAUUGUGGACUCCCAUCUGUUAAAAGGUGUAUCUUAAAAUAUCUGAAAUCUUGUGGCAUUUGGUUAUGCGACUGUUCGUGAUGACGAUUAUGUAUUAAAACACAGAAAUUACUGCAAAAUGUGGUGCAGGUUACAAUA